CGCGAAAGAUCAUUCGUUGGUAGAAGUUUCUUUACGUUAGAUAUUAUCCUCUCUAUCCAGAAGCGACUUCCACUGAUAUAUUUAGUAUCUAUUCGGACUUGCAAGAAGUUGGACGCUUUUCACCCAUUUUUCCACCACACUCAGACGCGAUUAUUUUAUUUAUUUAAAAAGAAAAUAGAAGAAAGUGAUCUUUUGUGACAUUUUCGGCAGUGUUUGAGACACUUUUUUUCUCCCCAUCAUAUUGACAGACAAAUUAUGAUUUCUCUAGAUGGUGGAUAGUGAAAAAUAACUUUUAAAUUUUCCAUUGAUCAUUUUCUAUUGAUCACUUGUCCCAGACGGGAGGGAUUUUUCUUUUGAGAACGCACGAGAACUGAGGUAGCAAUUUCUUUGCUGAACUUGUGAUUGAGAAACAAUCUGAUAAGAAGACUUUAAUUGAAAGAGGGAAAAUGGGAAAUCUUCGACGAGGUGGAAUGAUUGUGAUUGAGGGGGCGUUCGUGAUGAGCUUUCUCCUUUCUGCGAUGGUUCUCAGUGCUCCAGUGACGCCUGAAUUUGAAUCUGGCACCAUCCUGGAUCUCAACAAUCCUGACCCCAACAUCCUCAGGCAACACAAUAUCAAUAUCACAACCAUUCGCAAUCGUCAAGCUGCUCUGAAAAAUCGCAAUGUCUUCUCCCAAUCCACCGGCAUCAGGAACAAUGAGUCCUUCCUCCACAAUACACCAAGUUCCACGACAAUCACCCAGAGGCGAAUUUUCGAAGAAAGAGCCCUGGAUGCCAUUAAGGAAACCAUUUUCAGAAACAUACUGAGAAAUGAUACCAGACCCCUUGAGAAUUCUAAUGAUCCCAUCUACCCCAAUUCUCAUGAUAUUGCCGCCUAUCCAUUGUGCCAAGCCCCCAGGAAUACCAAUGAGACAUUCUGGAAUGAAGGAAAUUCCUACAAUUUGAAUUUCGAACUACCCACAAUUAACUCCAAUAUGAAUCUUACUGCAGCUACCCUUAGGCUGUACAAGAUUGAAACACCGAACAUUGGAACAUCCGAGAGGAGAAAUCAAACAAGACAGACGAACGACUGUGGCCAAAUGGAUGAGCUGAUCCAUAUAAGCGUAUCUGCCUACGUGAAGAAGCAUCGUAAAGCUGAACGCAAGAAGCGCAUGUACAGCAGCACAAUGGUGGACAAGUCCUUUGUCGGCUGGGUUGAACUGGACGUGAGGCAGGCCGUGAAGCUGUGGGAGAAGCCCAGCAAGAAUUUAGGGUUGGCCAUUGAUGUGCACGAUCAAGACGGAAAUAUCCUGAAGGCAUCACAAUUCUUCUUCCAGCACAGCUGUGAGGCAUCAGCCCCUUACCCCUGGAGCUACAUUAGUAAAAAUACCGGGCCUUACUCUUCAAUGGAGAAGGUGCCUCGCCACCCCAGAAUAGACUUUAAGUUCUGCUCUAAAAUACUCAUUGGAAGCUCUGAGCUGCCUCCCUGGUUCCGUCAUGUUUCUUCAUCCUCAUCAGAUUCAUCGCCGGAAGAGAUUGUGGAACAAGAUGAUAGUGGGUGUCCCAUCCGCAAAAAACGACGUCACACACACCACAACCACAGAGGACCCCACGCCUAAUUGGAUGCUUUUGCAUAACGACCUAGCCGCAAGGGUUAACGCCAUGCACUGAGAAAAAUUCCACGAAACGCCCUGUUGAGGCAAAAAAAAUAUCACCUGCAAGUGUGUGCGCACUUCUUCUUUUUUUUAUUUUAAUUAAAUUGCAAUUGUACGGUCAUUUCCAACACUGUUCCCUUUCAAUAUCGUACAAUUCGACAAUAUUGACACAAGUAUAUAAUUCUCGACAGGAAAUGUAACGUGAGGUAGAAUUUAAACACAAACACAACACAUACUUAAAGGUUAGCAUUAUUAAAACGCAGUGACUCUCUUCCUCGCAAGAGGUAGCUCUCUACAGUUUAAGUUAUAUAAUCCUAGAAUUAGUGCUUCAACUUGAAUCACUUUGAAUAUUAAUUUUAAAUUAUUAUAUUAAUAAUUUCUUCUUCAAACAAGAAACAAUAUCCUCACUGCUUGAGGCAAAAUACAAAUACAAAAAAAAAACGAACUCUUUCGCAAUGGAAUUUAAUUUUCUGUACAAAACUCAGCGAAAAAAACAUUAAAAAUGUCUAGUUUAUAUCAUGUUUGACGACUUUAGUGGUGAGGUUUCUUUUUUUUUGGAAAACAACACCCCAAAGGGAAUUGAGCAACCACUAAAAAAAUUACUCUUGUAAAUAAUAACAAUACUCUCUAACUGGAAAGAUACACUUUUUAGUUUUAAGGUUUUGAUGUAAGGUCUUUAUUAAAUGAGAGAGAAUUAAAUACAAUAUUUGCUAAGAUUUUUAAGGCAAUAGGGAGAAAAAAAAGAAAUUGUAAAUAUGCUGAAAAAAUUGAAAAUUAUUUAAAAAUCUGACAUCUUUUAGGAUUUUAAGAUAUACUUUUAGCUUAAGAUUCUUCUCUCUGAUCAUCUUCCUUUUUUGUCUCUAAGACAUAUUUUUUUUUGCAUAAAACUUACGUAUAAACUGCUUAGGAUAAUUUAGAUAUUUUUCGCAUGACAAAUUAAUAUUAGUUUUAUACAAACACUUUUUGUAUGUUUUUAACAAAAAUAAAAAUAUUUUGGUAAUGUGA